ACAUUGUGUUUUAUAUUGUUUAGUCACACAUCUAGAGGUAAAAUCCAGGAAAUAAAAAGCUGAAAUCCUAAACCCUCGUCUCAUAUCCAUCUUUAACCCAAACGUCUUUGGUGGUAUAUCACAAACAAAUGAACUGUCAUUGUUCCAAUAGUUUCAGAGGAAACUGUAAAGACAGAUUUUUGAAUGGAGCAUUUUUAAAUAGUUUGUUAUUUGUAAAUACAAAUGAUUUAACGCAACAACAACAACUCGCUUUAUAGUAGUCAUUAACCUUAAUAACAACAUCGAAAUGGAUAUUUUUAGGACUUUUAUUAUGCACAGGACUCUUAUUAAUGCAUAGCCACAUUGUACAUAACGGAAGUCGUUGGCGCUACACAGCUCGGUGCAGAGAAAUAAUGCUACUUCAGCCAUUUGACAAGUUCGCUUGGGGUUUCUUUAUGUUUUAGAAACAUAAAGCAGAGGAGGAAAUUAUCGCAGAGAUGGCGGACCCUGCGGUGGCGAGCGGCGGAAAUUUAAACGCCGGAAUGCGGUCAGGUGGUAGUAAGCCAACUACGAGUCCGGCGGAGAAUUAUUACCUGGCCCGGCGGCGCACCCUGCAGGUGGUGGUCAGCUCCCUGUUGACGGAAUGCGGCUUCGAAAGCGCUGAAAAAGCGGCUGUGGAAACUUUAACAGAAAUGAUGCAGAGUUAUAUAACCGAGGUUGGACGUUGUGCCAAAGCAAGCUGUGAGCAUACAGCCAGAAGCAGCCCUACUCUCUCAGACGUGGUUAUUACAUUGGUGGAAAUAGGUUUUAACGUAGACUCACUCCCCUUGUAUGCCAAAAGAUCACAGAGGAUGGUCAUAACGGCACCUCCAGUGACGAAUUCCCCAGUGAUUCCCAAGGCUCUUAUUGCUGGACAGAAGCGGACACACCCCGCUUACAUCCCUAGCCAUUUCCCAGAAUUCCCAGACCCUCAUACAUACAUCAAGACCCCGACAUUUCGUGAGCCUGUAUCAGAUUACCAGGUGCUGAGGGAGAAGGCAGCUUCCCAGAGACGAGAUGUCGAGAGGGCACUCACACGAUUCAUGGCGAAGACUGGCGAGACACAAAGUCUCUUUAAAGAUGACCUUACUGCUUUUCCACUGAUCGCAGCAAAGCCAAGCUCCAUCCCUUACCUGAGCGCCCUACUGCCCUCUGAGCUGGAGCUGCAGUCCCUGGAGGAGACGGACUCCUCUGAGCAGGACGACCAGACCGACUCGGAAAACAACACCAACGGCAUGAUUAGCGAAGACACAGGAGCAGAUAAGGAGAACGCCGUUCUGCCACCGGGUGGCGGUGUGCCUACUGUGAAGAAUAAUGAGGAAAACAUGAUUGAUAACCCCUACCUUCGACCAGUCAAGAAACCAAAAGUGAGGCGGAAAAAAUGAACAAAAAAUACGUGGACUCCUGUGUGCAAAGAAAUAGUGUCCAAAUGAAGAUGCUGUUGUGCGUAUGUGCCUCUGAAUAGAAGGAAAUGCAUUCACUGGUGCAGUUAGGAACAGUCCACCGAUUUAAUAGGGGGACAGCGUUAAUGCACAACCAGCUGGCUUUGUAUAAUGCUGAGAGGCUCAACUGCAGUGUGUUUCUGAAAGGUGGGUAUUUGUAGACCAUUUGACUGUUAGACCUAGUAAGUAUGUAUGUAUGUAUGUGUGUGUGUGUGUGUGUGUGUGUGUAUGUAUGUGUGUGUGUGUGUGUGUGUGUAUAUACACACACACACACAUCACUCUUUAAUUUUGGUAUAUGCUUGGAUUUUCAGUGUUCUUAAAACAUUUGUACGAUGAUGUUUCUUUGUCAUGCUUGAAUGAAUGACGGAAAUAAAUCCCCUCAUUUGAAAAAAACCCA